CGUGUAAGUGGUAGUAGGUCUGCCGUCGCUGAUAUUGCCAUCAAACAGCUUGGCUGAUGCCCACAUGUCGUCGUUAUUGUCGCUAUUUCUCUUUUCUCGAAAUUAAAAUUCUAUUUUCUGUUCCCGGUUCUUUUUAAGAAUUUUGUGCCUCCUAUUUAUUCAUUCUUCCAUACACCGGAAAUAGAAGGCCGUUCUUAUGCUUUGUUCUGCGCCGCGCCCUCCUUUGUCUACAUCUAAAGCCAACCAAGUCCCUCCUUCUCCGUUCCUUUCAGUCUCUCAUCGCUUUCCUUCUUCCUGAGAAGGAUCUCGCGAUCUCAUCGUCGGAGUCUGCCUCGGCCGAGCCGAUCGAUCCACGUAGCCGUUGCGUGGGUAUUCUCUUUUCCUGGAGAUCCGGUCGUGUUGUUGUACUCGGGGUUGGAGAACGAGUUAAGAUCUGUGUUAAUCGCGGGGUUUUUGGCUUCAGCUUGAGGAACCUUGGGUUGUCGGUGGGCUAGGGCCAACUCUGCUUGCCGUACUCGCUCCCUUUGAUAUUUGAUUGAUCGUUCCGAUUAUGACGCCGUAGAGUGUGGGAUUUGUCGGAAUAGUAUCGAGGUUAGGCGCGUCUGGGAAGGAGUGAGAAUAUGUCGAAGGUGGUUUAUGAGGGAUGGAUGGUCCGUUUCGGGAGGAGGAAGAUCGGGCGCUCGUUCAUCCAUAUGCGGUACUUCGUUCUCGAGACCAAAAUGCUCGCGUACUACAAGAGGAAACCUCAGGAUAUCAUGCGUGUUUACCAUUAUCCAGCUUCCGAUCAAGACACUUCUUAUAGAUGGAAACUGCAGAGUGGAGGAUAGGGGGCUUAAAAUGCACCACGGACAUAUGGUUUAUGUUUUAUGUGUUUACAACAAGAAAGAGAAGUAUCAUCGGAUUAUGAUGGCAGCAUUUAACAUUCAGGAGGCUCUGAUCUGGAAGGAGAAAAUUGAACUUGUUAUUGAUCAGCAAGAUUUCAUAACAGCUAAUGGAAACAAGGUAUAUGCUUCAAUUCCAUAUGGACCUAUGGCGGAUGAUGGAAGAAAUGCUUCCUCCUCUGAUCGGGAAAGUCAGUGUAGUCCUGAAGAAGAAGAAGAGAGCCGUCCUACUUUAUCACGGAGAAUAACCAUAGGAAAUGGUUUUCCUGAUUCUGUACCUGAUUGGACCUGUGAUGUUGAUUCAGGCUUGUUAAGUGAGAACAACUCUGAUCAAGUCUUUUCUAGGAAACAUUGGCGUCUUGUAAGAUGCCAAAAUGGUUUGUGUGGCCUCGUGAUCUAUGUUAUGUGCGUUAUUGGAGACGUAAUGAUGAUGGAAGUUAUGGUUCUUGCAGUUGUUUUAUUCCGAUCAAGGGAGCAUGUAAAUUGUAGUCCACAGCCAGGAUUCGUUAGAGCCCAUGUUGAGAGUGGGGGUUUCAAAAUUUCCCCCCUAAAAACUCGCAAUGGAAGACUGCGGACACAAGUACAAUAUCUUAUGCAAAUUGAUCUGAAAGGAUGGGGCGUUGGUUAUUUCCCAUCAUUUCAGCAACAUUGUUUGAUUCAGAUGUUGAACAGUGUUGCUGGGCUCCGUGAAUGGUUCUCCCAAACAGAUGAAAAUUAUGAUGUCUCGAAGAUGCCAUUGAUGGUCAAUAUGACUGCAGAAACAGCUCCUAUUAAGAAGGAUAGGAAAAGGAAAACACAGGAAAAUUCCGUUCAGCCGAAUUCUUCACAGUAUCAAAUGCAUGGUGCUAGCAGACAUCAUGUAAUGUUGGAUGAAGACUCUUAUGAUGAUGAAGAUUAUAAAAUUCCAGAGCCUGAACAAGAGGUUUAUCCAAUCAAACUUGAAAAUGAGAUUAAUAAGGCUGUUUUGGGUGAGGAACCUUCAGCUUCAAUUGAUUUAUCAGGAUUUUCUGGCAACUUACGGCGUGAUGACCUUGACAAAAGCCGUAAUUGUUGGAGAAUAUCUGACGGGAACAAUUUCAGAGUUCGAAGUAAACAAUUCAUAUAUGACAAGACCAAGAUUCCUGCAGGAAAGCAUCUAAUGGAGCUUGUAGCUGUUGAUUGGUUCAAGGAUGUCAAGCGAAUCGACCAUGUUGCUAGGCGAAAAGGUUGUGCAGUCCAAGUUGCCUCCGAGAAGGGACUAUUCUCAUUGGUGAUAAAUGUGCAAGUUCCAGCUUCGACUCAUUAUAGUAUGGUCUUCUACUUUGUGUCAAAACCACUGGUUCCUGGAUCACUACUGCAGCUUUUUGUUGAUGGUGACGAUGAGUACCGAAAUAGUAGGUUCAAGCUUAUUCCAGCCGUUCCCAAGGGCUCCUGGAUUGUGCGCCAGAGUGUUGGAAGCACUCCCUGUUUAUUAGGUAAAGCAGUUGACUGUACGUACAUUCGUGGACCAGAUUACCUGGAAAUUGAUGUCGAUAUUGGUUCUUCUACAGUGGCUAAUGGCGUUUUGGGGCUUGUUUUUGGUGUGAUUACAACAUUAGUAGUUGACAUGGCUUUUCUUGUGCAGGCAAACACUUAUGAGGAUCUUCCGGAACGGCUUAUCGGUGCUGUCCGUGUAUCCCAUGUGGAGCUGUCAUCUGCUCAAGUACCAGUUCUCGAAGCGAGUGAUCCCAAUGUAUAAGCUGUUGGCUGACAGUAUUGGAUUCAUUGUUCCCACGCGUAGCGGCGUUUCUUCACCACCUUAUACAAGUGAAUCAUUCUGGUUUUACUUCCAACUCUCCGAUCUUGCAAGUCUUUGCCCUUUUGUAUUAUCGGAUGACGAAAGGGACUCCGUUAUUUUUUCACCGACUUACUGCGUUGGAGGGCUACGGAUAAUAAACCAUUGAUGGUUUGCAUAUGGAAGUGUAGAUUGACUACCUAUUAAGAGUUCAUAUCACCCCAGCGAUCAGGUCGAUGGUACUUCGAAGGUUCCAAGUCAAGUCAUCAGAUCGAUGUUACGCUACGGCCGUCGCCUACCAAUCCAUGAAGAUAAGCAUCCAACUAUAUUAAUUAUGGAAGAAUCAGAAUCAUCAUCUUCAUCUUCAUC